UCCUACUUAGCAUCUAAUUCUUUUCUUUUGCAUCUAUCUCUUCUUCUUCUGCAUCUAUUAGUCAUACCGUGAAUUUCAUUCUCGCAGACCCCAAAUCUCUCCCAUCCACGCAAUGCAGAACACCAACCCCUACAACAGCCACAUCCUACCUACUUUCCACGCCGUAAAGCCUGACCCACCCUCCCCCACCUCCCCCAACUUUCCCCGGUACUCGCCUUUCGCCGCACGUUCCAAAGAUGCCCCACCUUCUUUCCCCAGCUCCACAGACAACGAUCAACAUCCUCUCCGCCACCGGACCCACCCGGGCCACAAGCGCCACCUCUCCAUCGACCCGGUGCGAGAGGAAGAGCCCGGCCACACGGUGUACAAUCAGAAAGAGGACAUCGAAGAUGUCGUGGAGAGGGUGGAGGCAAUGAAUGUAGGGGUCUGUAUAGCUGCUGUGGCCAUGGAUGCAGUGGCGGUGGCCGGUUUCGUGCUGGUGUGGAUUCUCGUCUCGCAGGGCAAAAGCUCUCGUACAACCCGUCUCUGCAUUGCACUCCCCUACUCACUUCUUUCCACCUGCUACAUCCUUUCUCGUCGAAAGCACAAUGCCAAUCACCUCUCCGAUCUCAAUCGAGUCAUGUGGCACUACGGCGAAGACGCCGUCAAGGGCAACGCGAUGAAGGAGGGGCUCGGCAUGCUCUCGUGGAUCGUCCUUUCGGGAUUCUGGGCCUUGUGGUUUGCGGUCGGGAUGGGCCUGGUAGGCUGGUGUUGGCACGGAGUGGACACUUAUGGAGAUUUCUUGGGCGCUGUAUGUUCCAAGCUCCCCAUUUUCUAAUCGUAGCCGUCCAUGUCCUCCCAUAUAUAUUGUACCCUGUGAACCCAUAUGUAUAGCACCCUGUAUACUGUCGGCA